CUCUCUUUCUCUCCCUUGCCUGGAUGUUGGGUGGCUUGGACAAUGUCGUACCCGCAGUUCGGAUAUCCCUACACAUCAGCACCUCAGUUUCUGAUGACCACCAACCCCCUGACUACGUGCUGUGAGUCCAGCGGCAGGACGCUGGUUGAUUCAGGGGCUGCCGCCUCUGCUCAAACCCCUGUCUAUUGUCCCAUGUACGAGAGCAGGCUACUGGCCACAGCCAGACAUGAGCUCAACUCGGCUGCUGCCCUCGGCAUGUAUGGGAGUCCGUAUGCCGCCAACCAGGGGUAUGGCAACUAUGUCACCUAUGGGACAGAACCCUCUGCUUUCUAUUCACUGAGUCCUUUUGACACCAAGGAUGCAGCAGGAUCUGCGCAUGCGGGAAUCACCCAGGCAGCUGCCUAUUAUCCAUAUGAUCCGAGCUUGGGACAGUAUCAGUAUGACAGAUAUGGUGCCGUGGAUGCAGGAGCCAGGCGUAAAAAUGCAACACGGGAAACGACCAGCACUCUCAAAGCCUGGCUGCAAGAGCACCGGAAGAACCCGUACCCGACCAAAGGGGAGAAGAUCAUGCUGGCCAUCAUCACCAAGAUGACCCUGACCCAGGUCUCCACCUGGUUCGCCAACGCCAGGAGGAGACUGAAGAAAGAGAACAAAAUGACCUGGUCGCCCCGGAAUAAAUGCACGGACGACAAGAAAACUUAUGGAGAGGAGGACGUUGAAAGUCCAAAUGACAGAAGCCCGGAAGACAAGCACAGUGAUGAUACCACAUGCAAAGAAGAUAAAGAACUGCAGCUGAGUGACCUGGAUGACUUUGAUGGGAUUGAGACAGAAAGUGAUGAGUGUGAACUGAAAGGGCCAUUUCAGCAGAUGGACAGCACUCAGCUCAGGGUCUCCGACUGCCCGAUUGACCAGUGCAAGAAGGUUUCUGUAAAGAUAGCCCUGCCAACACCGGCAGACCGCCACUCAGAAAAGGUCAAGGACUGUCUCAAGCGAGUGAUGGCAAAUUCCGAGCAAGACCUCCUGGCAGGAAGGCAGAGGGGGUGUGAGUCGAAGCUCUGCUUCCCGCCACAACAGCACAGUCAGCAGAUGCUGGACAACAAACCUCGCAUCUGGUCCCUCGCUCAAACCGCCACUUCUUUGAGCCAAACUGAAUAUCCAUCUUGCAUGUUGAAAAGGCACCAACAGGCUCUCUCCUCUUCGUCUCCGCUGGCCUCUAUGCCCACCAGCGUGUUGGAUCGACAAGAUUCGCCAGUAACCACCCUAAGGAAUUGGGUCGAUGGGGUUUUCCACGACCCGCUACUCAGACAUAGCACUUUGAACCAGGCACUAACCAAUACCACCGUUUCCUGGGCUACCACCAAAGGCGUUAUCUUGGAUACAGAGGCAGUGGGACGUUCUUUGGGAACCCCUACAAACCUGAUUAAAGGACAGAUCACAGGCCUACCCCAACAUGAAACUACUAAGGACAUGGCAGCAUUUCCCAAAACAGGAAACAAAAUGUUUUGUUCGUAACAAAUCAAAUGGUACGGAUUGUUUUCUCUGGAGCCUUGCUGAUUGAUGGGACUCAGAA